AUGUCGAUCCUACAAAAGAUUGCUGAUAUUGAGGCCGAAAUGGCCAAGACCCAAAAAAAUAAAGCUACAAAUUAUCAUUUGGGUUUACUAAAAGCAAAACUAUCAAAAUUAAAAGCUCAAUUAAUUGAAGGAGGAGGAAAAGGUGGUGGAGAAGGAGAAGGGUUUGAUGUUUCAAAAACAGGAGAUGCAAGAAUAGGACUUGUUGGGUUUCCAUCAGUUGGUAAAUCAACACUAUUAAAUAAAUUAACGGGAACAUUUUCUGAAGUUGCUUCAUAUGAAUUUACAACAUUAACAUGUGUACCUGGUAUAUUUAAAUAUAAAGGAGCAAAGAUGCAAUUACUAGAUUUACCAGGUAUUAUUGAAGGAGCUAAAGAUGGUAAGGGUAGAGGUAAACAAGUUAUAGCAGUAGCAAAAAGUUGUUCAUUAAUUUUAAUAGUCUUAGAUGCAUUAAAACCAUUAUCCUUUAAAAAAAUUAUAGAAAAAGAAUUAGAAGGUUUUGGAAUCAGAUUAAAUAAAAAACCACCAAAUAUUAUUUUUCAAAAAAAAGAUAAAGGUGGUAUUAAUAUUACUCAUACGGUACCAUUAAAUAAUUUAGAUGAAGAAAUAAUUAAAUCUAUUUGUCAUGAAUAUAGAAUUAUGAAUGCAAAUAUAUCAAUAAGAUGUGAAGCAACUGUUGAUGAUAUUAUAGAUGUUAUUGAAGGGAACAGAUUAUAUGUACCAUGUAUAUAUGUAUUAAAUAAAGUAGAUCAAAUAACUAUGGAAGAAUUAAAUUUAAUUACAAAAUUACCUCAUAAUAUUCCUAUAUCAGCACAUUUAGAAUGGAAUCUUGAUGGCUUAUUAGAAGAAAUAUGGAAUUAUCUUGACCUAGUACGUAUAUAUACUAAACCUAAAGGUCAUAUACCAGAUUAUGAUUCCCCUGUUAUUUUAAAAAAAGAUAAAUCAAAAGUUGAAAAUUUUUGUAAAAAAAUACAUCGAUCUUUACUCAACCAAUUUAAAUACGCUUUAGUAUGGGGAAAAUCAGUUAAACAUAAUCCACAAAAAGUAGGAAAAGAUCACGAGCUUAAUGAUGAAGAUGUUGUUCAACUUGUCAAAAAAUAA